AUGCGUAUGAAAUAUUCAUUAGUAAUACUACUGCUUCUUGGUAGUGCUUCCAAUGCGAGUAAUUUUUGUCAACACGAUGGGUAUCAAGAAGAUGACAAAUGUGUAUGUACACCAAACUUCGAUGGAGACUAUUGCGAAAAACGGAAAUGCUUUAAUUAUGGAGUUCUUGAUUCGAAAACAAAGAGCCGAUGUAUUUGUCCACCCGGAUUUCUCGGAACACAUUGUGAACCAGUGAAAUGCAUUAGCAAAGGAGAAAAUAUAUUUGGAACUCAAGUGGAUGAAAAAACGUACUUCCUGGUCACCAACGUCGAUGUUUCAAUCACCGACGACUUUACACGUCGCCAAAUUAUUGCUGCCGCAAUUGCAAAGAGGAUUCACAUUAAUGUUUUAAUGUAUACUAAUCCAAUUAAGAGCCUCGAUUUUCUUCAAAAUGUUGCUUACUCAACAAUGGGCGUUUUCGUUAAACCUAAUGAAGGUUAUAAAGAAUUCCAAAAUACAGUUGUCAAAGAACUAACGAACUUUUGGAAUCAAGACAUUGGAAUUGCCGCGGUUUUCAGUGAAAAUGUGAAAAGUCUACCAUUCAGUAGUGAUGAUGAUGUUUACAUUAGCGUGGAAACAACAUUUGGAAAACACGUCAGUAUUAGCCUUGAUACCGAAACAGUUAUCGAUUCCGAUUAUUAUCAACUUUAUAGGGUCAAUAAACCCGAAAUGGGUACUCUUAGUGUGUCAACAGAUUUACAAAGCUCAAAACCUUUAAUCUUCACAAAAGAUCGAGUGAAAUCGUUCUCAGCUUUUAUAACUGAUGAUCUCGUCGACGCUUCAUUCCCGAUCACGUUCACUAACACCGAAUACCAAUUCGUUUCUCGUUUCGAAUAUCAGAAUCAAAUUCUCGAUCACAAUCAAAUCAAUGGAAAUGUUGUUUCAUGGGCUGAAGGCGAAAUUGAAAUUGGCAAAACAUUUUUCAAUAGAAGUAAUUGCCAAUUCAAUAUCAAAAUGGAUGCAGUAUGCAAAGACAACUACGGUGCCGCUGUUCUUAAUGAAUCUGACGACCUUGACAUUUUCACUACGGAAGUUGUAAAUAAAGCAAUUGACGCCACCAAUCAUUCAUCUUCGGAUUCUAUAAGUAUUUCAAAAAUCAUUAUAAAUGCAUUAAAAAAUGCUGAACCAUUCUCAGACGUUAUUGUAGUUGUAAAUACAAAAUUCAAUACAUCGGUUAACAAAACAAUUUAUGAAGAAAUCCAGACGAAACGAGCAAGAUUUUUCGAAGCUUAUUUCACAAAGUGGGCUGCGAAUGAUGCAAUUGCAACCACUUAUGUCAAAUAUCUUGUUCCUGGAGUGAAUCUUGGCACAUUCUCAUCACAACUGUCCAAUAUUACAUUGCUAAUUACUGCUGACGUCCACAGCGGACUUGAUUUCAAUGCAAUCGUUUCUGUGGAUGAUCGAAAAUACGAGAAUUUCGACUCGUUUAACAAUUUGCAUUCUUUUGCAAUUGGCAGCUUGCAUAACUCUAGAGUAAUUUUGAGAUUUCAGAAUUCGUUAGCCGAAAAUAUUACCAUUGUGAUUCUUGGACGACGUAACUCUAACUCAGAAAAAAUUAGCCUAGCAUUUGAAGGAAAGAAUGGCCUCCAAAAUAACAUUCAGUUCAACGGAGGCUCACUUACACCUGUUAUAUGGAGCAAUGUUAACUUGGCGGCGGAACAACUCGUGAUUACUUAUGCAGACAAUUCUUCUUCCAGCAAUAUGGUUUACAAUGGAAGCAUAACAACAUCAGACUGCGAUCCAUCACAAAAUUUUACCUAUCAAGUCGAUUAUUCAUUUGAGUGCACACAGGAAGAUGCAAUAUAUUACGUAAAGGUGGGACCGUAUAGAACUUUCCCAUUCACAUGCACCUCUAUUGGUUCAUCGAAAUGUUUGAAUGGCGGAACUCAAUUGCAAAGUGAGUCCUGCGAAUGCUCUUCCCAUUGGUCAGGGCCAACGUGUGGUGUUCCAGUUUGUCAAAAUGAAGGUGAAAAUAUUUCGAAUGUAUGUCACUGCAAGCCUGGAUUCAGCGGGCAAUUCUGCGAAAAGGAUGGUGAUGAUAAGGGUGAACGACUAGUAUUCUCAUCAACUAAUGGAGGAUUGCUUAAUGAAUAUUUGAAGAAGUCUGCUGUUACGCAAACUACAACUGCGGUACCAACGUCGGUAACAACUGAUGCAACAGAGGGAACUACUAGCUCAAAACCGCUUGAAGCUGUGUCUCCAUUCAAGGCCAUCAAUCUAGCUUUGGACAGUCAAGUGGCUGAUCGAUCAAUGAUUAUUCUUAUCACUGAGAGAGAUGUUACAAACAUUGAAAAAUCGACAAUUAAUCGACUUGCUGAGCGAAGAGCAGAGAUUCGCGUUUUUGCGAAAAAUUCAACACCGAACAUUAUCAAUUUGGCACUUGUAGGAAACGGAAUUCCAAUUAUUGGCAAUGUUUCUGAUACUGUCAAUAUGAAAGACACUUCGGACACUUGCUUAUUCAAAUACUUUGUUGUUCUUCCAAAAUGCGAAGAAGAUGUUUCGGCUUAUCAAAUUCAACUUAUAUUCGAUGAUGAUUCAAGGUUGCAGAAACAAAUUGUUUUAACUUGCCAUAAUAGUACAGCCAUUUUAACGACUCAAGUAUCCGAGGUGUCGACUACAUCAACUUCGGGUACAUUUUCGACAUCUGCGGCACCGGGGAUCACGACUACUCAAAAGCUUGUUCAAACAACAACUCCUGUACAAAGUUCGACUACUCCAAAUGUUAUCACAACAUCUAAGCCACCGCAAGUCCGAGCAGUCGCUUUCAUUAUUGACGUAAUUGGAAGCAGCGAUUACGCUUUCAAUGCUUCUAUUAACACCAUUCAUGAAUACGUGAAAGCGUUUGACUUUGAGCACUAUGUUUUCUUGAUUGAUAAUUUCAACAGCUCAUUUUUGCAACUGGGCUAUAGGAAAUACGCAAGUCUGAAUGAAUUGAAACGUGGAACAGACUUGUUCUAUAAAAUCCGCAUCAUUCAUCAAGAAAAGACUGGAGUUACAAAUACACUUGCCAAUAUUCUUGAAAAGUAUGAGGAACAAAACAACACAUUAUCGCAAGCCGUCAGUAACAAUAUUUUCUACCUUACGCAAAUUGGCUUAACCCAAUCAGAUAAUCCCAAAGAUAUCGUUACACAAUUAAGAUCAUUUGACAUCAGUUCGACAGUCUACCUUAAAAUUGGCAAAACUGAAAACGUCAGUAUUUCUGACUCUUUAAAACCGCUGAGUACCAAAAUUACUUCUAUUAAUAAUUGGUACGAUGCACUUUCGAACUUGGCAGCAAAUACAGCUAAUAGUAAUGUGAAAUUACCUGAUAAACCUUUCCUCUCAUGUGCCUAUGGAUUACAAUCUAAUGUUAUUGCUGGAAUCGACAACUCAAAUACUCUUGGACCUGAUAACAAGACAAAGAUUGAAAAUAUCAUAAGAGGUAUGGCAAAUGGAUUCAAUAUAAUUUUCGAUCUUGAUAAUAUUUGUUCUUCGCCAAUACGUGAAUAUUACAAAGAGCGUUCUGCAUUUUCAAACUUCAUUUUUUAUGACAAAUACAUCUAUGAUGUACAGUUCUGCCCUUCAAACUUUGAUCUUCAACUUACUGAAUUCCGUUAUAAAACAUCAAAAACUGCAGUUCCAGCAUACAGCGAUAAUCAAUUCAUUGUGUUUAAUAACAAUUUGAUGGGCGACUGCAGUUGUGCCAGAUCGAACGACAACACCACGUUGAAAUUUGCGGUUUGGUUCCCGCAAUCAGCAGGUCUGAGUAAAGGAGCAGACAAUUUUAAACACAACUAUAUUCAUUUUGUCAUUCCUGGAUAUGAAAUCAAAAAAAAUGACAGUGAUCUAUACUAUAAAAUUUUGGAUUUCAACAACGAUAAAACAACCGUUCUUGAUAAGGAUGACUAUAUAAUUGAUAUCUCACAAUCGGAGAACGAUAUAAUCCAAGAAUUAUGGACGAAAUUCUGCCGAAUCGGCAAUAUUAUUGAUGGAAGUUCGACGGCAGCCCCACCACCGAAAACUUAA